AUGAAAACCACCUAUAAUGAGGAGAGUUCAUCGGAUAUUGAAAAUCAGGAGGAGGAAGUGGCUUCUAAGAGGGUCCCAAUGGGGUGGUGGCUUUUACGGUUAUCGGCUAAAAUUUUGGCUCUUUUACGGCUAUCGGUUAAUUUUUUUCAGUUACGGUUAACGAAAAAGUUAAAAAUUAACUUCUUUUGUUUCAAAAAGUUAAAUAUUAAUUAACCCGUAUUUUUUUGUAUCUUUAAAUCAAAAUAAAGGUCUUCGGAUCAUCUCGGGAUGAAAUAAGCUAUUCUUUUGAAAAAGUUUAAUAUUUUAUAUAUCAAAAGGUUGAAUACUUUUUAUAAAGUAUUCCACUUCUAAUACAUUAUUUUACACAUAGAAAUGUCAAUAGUCAAUUUAAAAAUAAUCUUCGUGAAAAAGCAAAAGCAGACACGCAAACGCCCAACUCAAGGCCCGGGGCGCGACAUUCAUUAUAACAGAAAUGGCCGUUUUCACACUAGAGAAGGAUUAUUCGUGUGAGACGGGUUAUCCGUUUGUUGAUUCGCGUCAGAUAGGUAAUACGUCUUAAUCUGAAAAUGGAAUAGUUUUAAUUUUGAAUGAACAAUCCGCCUGACUUUUGAAGACGGGACUAUCCGCUCCAGAUAGCCUGUGUACAGCCGCCCCCUCCCCCGCAGAAAAAUCGGAGAAGGGGUGUCUGUGGGGAGGGCGCGACUGUACACAGGCUAGUCUCAGACGGAUGAUCAAUUUCUAGCUCUAGUGUGUGCCUAGGUCUUGGUUAACACCUAAAAGGCGCUUUGCCUAACGUGCGUACGGAGUCACACUAGCCGGGAAGUAAAAAACGUAAUCAUAAGUAAGUUUAGCACCUUCCCUAAAAGUAGCAAAUCUAGGUAACAAUUUCUUUUACGGUUAACUCUUUUUUACCCUAUUUACGGCUAACGGUUAAAAUUUUUCAAUUUUUACGGCUAUCGACUAAAUUUUUGGCCGUUUUACGCCUAUCGGUUAACCCCAUUGAGACCCUCUUCUGAGAAUGGCGCUGAAGCUGAAGGCAUCCAAGAGAGCGACAACGACACUGAAAACGACAGUCAGGAGAUAGAAAGUAGUAACCCUGAAACGUCCACCACCUUUCACUCCAAAAGUCCCUGUGAACACUGCGAAAACUCUAAUGUGUACGGGACAUUGAUCAUGAAAUGUCCUAAAUGCCUUUGGCACGAUUACUACAAGAUUUGUCCUAUAUGCGAUCACCAGAUUCCCGAGGGGAGACAUUACAUGAAAGAGGGCUUUCUUCGGUGUCACGAUUGCGGAGCAGUUACACACAAAAACGCGAAGACGUUGGAAACCAAUUUCUAUUCCCCUUCUACAGAGGAGAACGAAGAUGAAGAUUAA